UUUGAUCUGUCUUCUUUGUUUCGUCUUCGAAUCGUAUCGGUAUCAAUUUGCGUUCUGUUAUUUUGAUUUCUGAUUAUAGAUUAAUCUCUUGGAAAAUUAGCGUUACUCUCUCGUAUUCAACAUGAAUUUUUUUAGGGUUUGAGAAGUCUGAUCUCUAUGGGGACUAGGUUUUUGCUCCUUUAAUUUGUUUCAAUUUUGAGUAUCUCCGUUGGUAAAAUUUUGGGUUGAUGUUAGAUUCCAAUAGGGUCGUGAUCAUGUAAUUGAUCUACUAGGAUCAUAGAUCUCAUAUCUUAUGAGGAUCCAGUCAUAUAUAUAUAUGUUCGAUUUGGUGGUAAUCUUGUUUUAAGUCGUGCUCUAUUCUUGAUAAAGACUAGACUUGGUUCUUGGAUUUUGAUAGUUAUGUUCUUUUCCGGAUUGUUUAUUGUUGAUUGUAGUCGCUAAACUUGGUUUGCUUGGUUAUUUGUUUGCAGAGAAAGAGAAUCAAACAGAGCUUAAUUAAGAGCAGUUUCGUAGUUGCAAGUAACCAAGUUUACAUGGUUGAGCUAGACAUCCAGGUUCCAUCAGCAUACGAUCCAUUCGCAGAGGCUAAAGAUUCUGAUGCACCGGGAGCAAAAGAGAACAUUCACAUCCGAAUCCAGCAGAGGAAUGGGAAAAAGAGCUUGACGACUGUUCAAGGGCUUAAGAAAGAGUACAGCUACGAGAGGAUACUCAAGGAUCUGAAGAAAGACUUCUGCUGCAACGGGAACGUUGUGCAGAACAAGGAGCUAGGCAAGAUCAUCCAGCUUCAAGGUGAUCAGAGGAAGAAAGUGUCUCAGUUCUUGGUCCAGGCUGGGAUUGCUGAGAAGGAUCAGAUCAAGAUCCACGGUUUCUAAAAACGCUUGGAUCGUUUCGUGUUUUCAUCUAAUCUAUUUUAUGCGAAUAAAUUGGUGUCGUCUUGUGUGAACAUCAUCAUUAGGAGGCGUGUUUAAGGGGUGAUUUGUUGGUUUUGCUUUUUUUUAAAAAGGUGUUGGAUAAUUUGAUAUUUUGCAAUGAUAAGUAUUUCGGUUGGUCUUAUCUUCA